AGAAGAGUUGCCAGUGGCCGCGGCAGGCCGAACCCGAGGGGCGGCGAGGAUGGGAGACUCCAAAGUGAAAGUGGCGGUCCGGAUCCGGCCCAUGAAUCGAAGAGAAAUUGACUUGCAUACCAAAUGUGUGGUGGAUGUAGAUACAAACAAGGUUAUUCUUUAUCCUGUAAAUACUAAUCUUUCCAAAGGAGAUGCCCGGGGCCAGCCAAAGGUGUUUGCUUAUGAUCAUUGUUUCUGGUCUAUGGAUGAAUCUGUCAGAGAAAAAUAUGCAGGUCAAGAUGAUGUUUUCAAGUGCCUUGGGGAGAAUAUCCUUCAGAAUGCUUUUGAUGGCUACAAUGCUUGUAUCUUUGCCUAUGGACAAACUGGAUCUGGAAAAUCUUAUACCAUGAUGGGCACAGCUGAUCAACCUGGAUUAAUCCCAAGACUUUGCAGUGGCCUCUUUGCACGAACUCAGAAAGAGGAAAAUGAAGAGCAGAGUUUUAAAGUAGAAGUGUCUUACAUGGAAAUUUAUAAUGAAAAAGUUAGAGACCUUCUUGAUCCCAAAGGAAGCCGUCAAACUUUGAAAGUCAGAGAGCAUAGUGUGCUGGGACCUUAUGUGGAUGGACUUUCUAAACUGGCUGUCACAAGCUACAAGGAUAUUGAGUCUUUGAUGUCUGAGGGUAACAAAUCUCGUACAGUUGCUGCAACCAACAUGAAUGAGGAGAGUAGCAGAUCCCAUGCGGUCUUCAAAAUCACCCUUACACAUACUUUAUAUGAUGUGAAGUCUGGGACAUCUGGAGAGAAAGUGGGUAAACUGAGCUUGGUUGAUUUAGCUGGCAGUGAAAGAGCAACAAAAACUGGAGCUGCAGGUGACAGGCUGAAGGAAGGGAGCAACAUUAACAAGUCCCUCACAACCCUCGGUCUGGUUAUCUCAGCCCUUGCAGAUCAGAGUGCUGGCAAAAACAAGAAUAAAUUUGUUCCAUAUCGUGACUCAGUUCUCACUUGGCUGCUCAAAGACAGUCUUGGGGGUAACAGCAAAACAGCUAUGGUAGCAACUGUGAGUCCAGCAGCUGAUAACUAUGAUGAAACUCUUUCAACUCUGCGGUAUGCUGAUAGAGCCAAGAACAUUGUUAACCAUGCUGUGGUGAAUGAGGAUCCUAAUGCACGCAUUAUCCGGGAUCUUCGGGAAGAAGUAGAAAAACUCCGAGAACAACUAACCAAAGCAGAGGCAAUGAAAUCUCCAGAGUUAAAAGACCGGCUGGAAGAAUCAGAGAAGCUAAUCCAGGAAAUGACUGUGACCUGGGAGGAGAAAUUAAGGAAGACUGAGGAGAUUGCACAGGAGCGACAGAAACAGCUUGAGAGCCUGGGAAUAUCUCUUCAGUCUUCUGGAAUCAAAGUUGGGGAUGAUAAAUGUUUCCUUGUUAAUCUGAAUGCUGAUCCUGCCCUUAAUGAACUUCUGGUUUACUAUUUAAAGGAACAUACAUUGAUAGGAUCAGCAAAUUCCCAAGAUAUCCAACUAUGUGGAAUGGGAAUUCUUCCUGAACAUUGUAUUAUAGACAUCACAUCAGAAGGCCAGGUUUUGCUGACUCCUCAAAAGAACACCAGAACAUUUGUAAAUGGCUCCUGUGUCUCUAGUCCUAUACAGCUACACCACGGGGAUAGAAUAUUAUGGGGAAACAACCACUUCUUCAGACUCAAUUUGCCUAAAAAGAAAAAGAAAGCAGAAAGAGAGGAUGAGGAACACGACAACUCUAUGAAGAACGAUAACAGUUCUGAGCAGCUGGAUAUAGAUGGAGAUUCCUCCAGUGAGGUGUCCAGUGAAAUUAACUUCAAUUAUGAAUAUGCACAGAUGGAAGUUACCAUGAAGGCUCUUGGGAAUAACGAUCCAAUGCAGUCAAUAUUGAACAGCCUGGAACAACAGCACGAAGAAGAAAAACGAUCUGCAUUAGAACGCCAGAGGCUCAUGUAUGAACAUGAAUUGGAGCAGCUACGAAGAAGGCUGUCUCCUGAAAAACAAAACUAUCGUAGUAGCGUGGACAAGUUCUCUUUCCACUCACCCAGCGCUCAACAACGCUUAAGACAGUGGGCUGAGGAGAGAGAAGCAACACUGAAUAAUAGCCUGAUGAGGUUGAGGGAACAAAUUGUUAAAGCCAAUCUCUUGGUGAGAGAAGCUAGUUACAUUGCAGAAGAACUGGAUAAAAGAACAGAAUAUAAAGUUACCCUACAGAUUCCAGCCUCCAGCCUCGAUGCCAACAGAAAGCGAGAUUCUGUUCUUAGUGAACCUGCAAUCCAGGUGAGAAGAAAAGGAAAAGGAAAGCAGAUCUGGUCUUUGGAAAAAUUGGACAAUAGGUUGUUGGAUAUGAGAGAACUUUAUCAAGAGUGGAAGGAGUGUGAAGAAGAUUCCCCAGUAAUACGGUCUUACUUCAAGCGUGCUGAUCCAUUCUAUGAUGAACAGGAAAAUCACAGUCUCAUUGGGGUGGCCAAUGUCUUCCUUGAGUCCCUUUUCUAUGAUGUGAAGUUACAGUAUGCUGUUCCAAUCAUCAACCAGAAAGGAGAGGUGGCAGGUCGGCUGCAUGUAGAGGUGAUGCGAAUCAGCGGUGAAAUUGGGGAAAGAAUUGCAGGAGGUGAUGAUGCUGCAGACAUUUCCUUUGAUAAAGAAACCCAGGAGAACAAACUUGUAUGCAUGGUUAAAAUACUCCAAGCUACUGGGUUGCCACAGCAUCUGUCCCACUUUGUAUUCUGCAAAUACAACUUCUGGGAUCAACAGGAGCCAGUAAUUGUUGCACCUGAAGUAGAUACGUCAUCCUCCCCUGUCAGCAAGGAACCUCAGUGCAUGGUUGUCUUUGAUCAUUCUAAUGAGUUUUCUGUUAACAUAACUGAGGACUUUACUGAGCAUCUUUCAGAGGGGGCAUUGGCAAUUGAAGUAUAUGGCCAUAAGAUGACUGAUCCUCGGAAAAACCCAGCCCUGUGGGAUUUGGGAAUUAUACAAGCAAAAACACGUAGUCUCCGGGACAGAUGGAGUGAAGUCACCAGGAAAGUAGAAUUCUGGGUUCAAAUCCUAGAACAGAAUGAGAAUGGUGAAUACUGCCCUGUAGAAGUGAUUUCUGCCAAGGAUGUACCAACAGGUGGUAUCUUCCAGCUCCGGCAGGGGCAAUCCCGGCGAAUUCAAGUUGAAGUGAAAUCUGUACAGGAAUCUGGCACUUUACCACUAAUGGAAGAAUGUAUAUUGUCGGUUGGCGUUGGAUGUAUAAAAGUUAGACCAUUCAGGUCCCCCAAAACUCAUGAGACUUUCCAUGAGGAAGAGGAAGACAUGGACAGCUACCAGGACAGGGAUUUAGAGAGACUACGUAGAAAAUGGCUGAAUGCAUUAACAAAACGUCAGGAGUACUUAGAUCAGCAACUGCAAAAGCUUGUCAGCAAACAUGAUAAAACUGAGGAUGAUGCUGACCGUGAAGCUCAACUUCUAGAGAUGAGGCUGACUCUGACUGAGGAAAGGAAUGCGGUAAUGGUCCCCUCUGCUGGCAGUGGAAUUCCAGGGGCCCCAGCAGAAUGGACUCCAGUGCCUGGGAUGGAAACACACAUUCCUGUUAUAUUCCUUGACUUAAAUGCUGAUGAUUUCAGCUCUCAGGAUAAUCUUGAUGACCCGGAAGCUGGUGGUUGGGAUGCUACCCUCACUGGGGAAGAAGAAGAAGAGUUCUUUGAACUGCAAAUUGUAAAACAACAUGAUGCAGAGGUGAAAGCAGAAGCCUCCUGGGACUCUGCAGUACAUAAUUGCCCUCAGCUCAGUAAAGGCACACCCUCAGAUGAGCGAGUAUUUCUCAUUGUGCGGGUGACAGUCCAACUCAGUCAUCCAGCUGAAAUGCAGUUGGUACUACGCAAACGGAUUUGUGUCACUGUUCAUGGCCGGCAGGGUUUUGCUCAGAGCCUUCUAAAAAAGAUGUCCCAUCGAAGUUCUAUUCCUGGCUGUGGAGUCACUUUUGAAAUUGUUUCCAAUAUUCCAGAGGAUGCCCAGGGAGUCGAGGAACGAGAAGCAUUAGCAAGAAUGGCAGCUAACGUUGAAAACCCAGCUUCUGCUGACUCAGAGGCUUAUAUUGAAAAAUACCUCAGAAGUGUGCUGGCUGUGGAAAAUCUUCUUACUUUAGAUCGUCUUCGCCAGGAAGUUGCAGUGAAGGAACAGUUAACAGGAAAAGGGAAAUUGAGUAGGAGGAGUAUUAGCUCUCCAAAUGUCAACAGAUUGUCUGGAAGCCGACAAGAUCUUACACCGUCAUACAGUCUAGGCAGCAACAAGGGUCGGUGGGAAAGUCAACAGGAUGUGUCCCAAACAGUACUUUCCAGAGGAAUAGCUCCAAGUCCCCCAUCUCUUUCUGGUUGUACCCCAAAUAAUCAUUCUCCUGAUCCAGGACUUAGUAGCUUAGCAGCCUCCUACUUGAAUCCAGUAAAAUCCUUUGUGCCGCAGAUGCCAAAGCUGCUUAAAUCUCUUUUUCCUGUCCGAGAUGAAAAAAGGGGCAAACAGCUAUCUCUUCUUACACAUCAGCCUGUGCCCCGAAUCAUGGUGCAGUCAACCCUCCAGGACAUUGGGGUGACCCGGAUGGAGGAGUUCCAGGCUCACCGAGAGAACGUGGAAAUUAGUGAGGCACCAGAAGUGACUGUGCGGAUUCCAUCUGUGGUGAAGAUCUAUGACAAACCAGCUAAAGUGCCUUCCCAGCAGCCACUUCCUGCAAACAGCCAGGCCCAAGAAGUUCCAGAAGGUCCUCCCAGCCCCCUGAGUGAGACCUCCAGUGGUUACUUUUCCCACAGCGUUUCCACAGUAACUCUGUCAGAUGCACUGGUCACAGGCCUUGAUGCUGCUGCUCAAGCCACACCCAGCUCCCCUCCAACUCCCAUCUGCCAAGUCCCCCUUGAGACUGACCUUCCAUUUCCAUCUACUGUUUCAUGUGCAGAGAGCCACCUUUCUACCCCGUUGGAGAAUGAGACCAGCCUCCCAUCACUGCCAGUCCAACCGAAGCAAACUUCUCAGUGCAACAGCAAUGGUGUAUUAAAGCCCAAGGAAUUGGUUUCCUUUGCGAAGCAGAAUAAAGACCUGGCAAGUGCUUCCCUUGCCAUUGAUAUACCAACAUAUCUUCCCACUUCUGCCCCCUCAAAGGAAUCACCCAGCCAGCAGAGUGUAGGAGAAGUUUCCUCUGCCAGCAAGCAGCCAGGGAACCCAAAGGAUCAGAUGAAGCCAGCUACCAGCUUGGAGCUAGACAUCUCCAAACCCCAGUUUCCUCCUGACCUCCUGUCUCAGUCACCUGCUCCAACAUCUCCAUUCAGAAUCCAAAAGGUGCGAACCUCUGAGCUAAAAUCUUUCACUCGCAUGCUUGGUGGAGACUCCAGCUGUUCCUCUAGCACUGAGGUGGAGCAGCCAGUCUCAGGAGGGUCAGGUGACAGCAGCUCUGGGGCACAGGACUUGGAAAAACUGGAGGUUGUAUCAGACUCUGAAGAAGCCAGUGAAGUCCCAGAGUGGCUCAAAGAGGGAGAAUAUGUUACCGUUGGCACGAAUAAAAUGGGCAUCGUGAGAUAUAUUGGGCCAACUGACUUUCAGGAGGGAACAUGGAUUGGAGUAGAGCUAGAUUUACCUUCAGGUAAGAAUGACGGCUCAAUUGGAGGGAAGCAGUACUUCAAGUGCAACCCGGGCUACGGACUCCUGGUGAAGCCCAGCCGCGUGCGGAGGGUCACAGGCGUGGCCCGGCGGCGCAGUGCUGGGCUCAGGCUGCAGGGUGCCGCCGCUUCCGAGGCCCGCAAGAGCGCCACCCUCUCUGGCUCCGCCACCAACCUGGCCUCCCUGACAGUGCUGGCCAAAGCUGAGGGCGGGGCAGCCCUGCGGGCAGAGAGGAGCCAGAAGAGCAUGGAGAACCGAAAGUCCUGGGCCAGCUAGGCCGCUGUAGGUGCCUCCUGGGAGCCACCUCCCUGGAGACGCCACCCUGGCACAGUCGGGCACCAUUGCCUGCCUGCUUCCUUGUGGCCUUCUUUGCACUAACCAGGAGGGAAUAUGGUGCCCCCUUCAGAGCUUUGCCAAUAAGGACCCGCGGAGGAGAGGAGGGAGGCUUGUGCAACUCAUUCUAGGGGUGGAGCAGGGGCCCUGAGGGCUUUCUUCAUGAUGCAGGGCUGGUGACCACUCCCUGGAUCUCCCAGGAGUCCUGAAGC